AUCUGUCAAAUUCUAAUAAACAUAAAAAAAUUGAUAUUUCAGUUUGUCCUUUCUAUAACAAAUUCAUUCUAAUAAUAAAUUUAAAUACGUGUUGUUGUAAAUAUGUGAAGAGUUAGGAUAAAUAUUAAUUAAAAACUUUAUUUAAUACUUUAUUCGACCUAGAUUAUGGUUGGAAAUGAUUGUGAAGGUUUCCACAUUUCCAACGACUCCCUUCCUUAAUAAAGCAGUUUUAUAUUUAUAUAACAUAUAGUUUAUUUGAAAAUGUAUCAUAUACUUAGGAUAAUAUUAUAUAGACUGUCGGUUGUGUCUACGUUAACUUUAUUUUGUGGUGUUGUUGUGUUUUGGUUUUAUGGAUUUAUAACGGCUUUUAUCGUGUUCACGGUGGGCAUAUCAGGGAUUCUUUACAAUGCACAAGAUCUUCUUCUUUAUUACCCCAAUGAUCCACCAGACUCCAGGGUGUUUGUUCUUCAACCUAGCAACUAUAAGCUUCCAUAUGAAAGUAUAAAAAUUAAUAAUAAAGAUGGCUUCAAAAUACACAUGUUUCUAAUAAAACAGCCCGUAAACAGCAAUCACAAACCUACUAUGGUAUUCUUUCAUGGUAAUGCUGGGAACAUGGGACAGAGGCUCUCAAAUGUGUCUGGUUUCUACCAUAAGCUUAACAUCAAUAUUCUCAUGGUGGAGUACAGAGGCUAUGGUUUGUCAGAAGGGAGUCCUUCGGAAAAAGGUUUAUAUGUAGACGCACAGUCGGCCCUCGAUUACAUCAUGCAGAGAACUGACAUAGAUGUCAGUAAGAUUAUGAUUUUCGGAAGAUCUUUAGGAGGAGCUAUUGCUAUUGACUUAGCUUCGAGACUGGAAUAUAGGAACAAAAUAUGGGCACUUGUGGUGGAGAAUACUUUCACCAGCAUACCAGACAUGGCACAAGUUAUACUGAAAUGGAGAUGUUUGAACUGGCUUCCCCCUUGCUGUCAUAAGAAUAAGUACCUGUCUUUGAAGAAAAUUGGGCACGUCAUGACACCCACUCUUGUGAUAUGCGGCUCUAAUGAUGCUCUGGUCCCGCCUGCGAUGGGGAAAGAGCUGUACAUGCGAUGUGGAGCAGUAUGCAAGAAGUUGGUGGUGAUGCCCGGCGGUGGCCACGAUGACACCUGGACUUGCAGGGACUACUACUCCUCUGUACAACAAUUCUUGCUGAAUGUCCCGCCCUUACCUGGUGAAAUAGGUCCAUUCUUCGACGACGAUACAAAUUCGACCAUAAGACACACUAUAGUACAUACUGUAUAGUAUAAAUUGUUAUAUCUAGAAUUAGACAUAACAUGAUAGUAUUCCAUUAUAAUUUUACAAAUUUUAUAUAUAGAAAAAUAUUUUAAUAGGUUUUUAAAUUCCUGUAGCUUUAUAUGUAGAUAAUAAUUUCAAGUUUUCCAAUGUAUUGGUACAAAAUGGGGAUGCAGAUAUGUGAUUGUGAAGAGAUUUAAUUAUAAAUUACGUACAUACGUUAGCAAAUAAUGGAGUCACAACUCUUAAUUAAUACUCUUAAUGAAAUACAAUCGUCAAAUAUUUUUGUAAUGAUACACGAAAUGUUAGUGUACCUAAAGCAAAGAAUGAUAAAACAAAUACCGUGACCUAAAUAUCUAUAAAGCACCAUCGAGCGUUGGUAAGGACCGCAUCACGAAUUGCCGUUUUUUUUUAAAAUCCUGUCUGACAGAUGCCUCACUUUGGUUCCUCGUAUAUGCGCUUGAAAUUUAAAAUGUCAUUGCAACUGUCUCGAACAACAGUUACAAAAAUGUAACGAACAAUAUUUACACAUUUUAUAUUUAAUACUAGCUGACCCUACAAACUUGGGUACCAACAAAAAAAAAACUUUUC